CCCAGGACCGGUGUCAAGACAAUCGUCACCGGUGUUGGUGGCCGUGAACGGGAAUCGAACUCGUGGAAGUCGCACGACCUUCGCAGCGCAACGCAACGCGCUCACACCACCCCCACCCACGCGUUACACGUGGCGCCAGCAGCAACCACCACCAUCACCACCACCACCACACCCCACACAUUGGGGAAGCUGAACACUCCGAGCGGUGCGAGUGGGCGACUCCCGCCGUCGUUGCUUCCGCGGAUUUCUAGAGGCGGCGUGAGAGCAACCAAAUCACAUCGCCACUCUCGCUCGCACAAACACAAGAAGCUCGCCGACGAAGGGGACGCGAUGGGGCAACUGUGCAGCGCCGACUGCGGCGCCGAAUUUUGGAACUGGACGUUGACUCUGCAUGGGGACCCGCCGGACGUCCCCGCCUGCUUCCAGGCCACAGUGCUGGUAUGGGUGCCGUGCACGUUCCUGUGGCUCGCCGCUCUGCCGUACUUCGCCUGGCUGCGACACCACCGCCAGGGCUACAUUGCCUGUUCCGUGCUCAGCCGUGCCAAGACCGUGCUGUGUGCUAUACUAUGGCUGUUGUGCUGGGCCAAACUGUUCUUCUCGCUGUGGGAGAGGAGCCAAGGUCAAUCACUUCCUCCCAUCUUCUUCAUCUCACCACUCAUUCUGGGGGCAACCAUGCUCCUGGCGGCGGUCCUGGGGCAGGUGGAGCGUUGGAGCGGCGUCCACUCCUCAGCGCUGCUUUUCGUCUUCUGGCUGCUGGUGCUGGUGGGGGCGAUUACGGGAACGCGGUCAAGUGUGCUGCAUGCCGUUCGCCUGGGAAUGUUGGAGGACCCGUUUAGAGACACGGUGUUUUUGAUGUACUCGGUGCUCGUGCUCGUACAGUUCAUCCUUGUUUGUCUCGCUGAGAAGCGACCACUCUUCAGCACAGACUCUGACGACCCAAACCUGUGUCCGGAAGUGGGUGCCUCGUUCAUAUCUCGUCUCACCUUCUGUUGGUUCACUAGGAUGGCGGUGAAUGGGUACCGUAGGGGACUGAAGAUGAGCGACCUGUGGUCACUGCGGCACAAGGAUUCCUGCAGCUUCGUGGUACCACACUUGCAGGCCGUGUGGAGGAAGGAGCAAGCUCGGAUCGCACAAAGAUCGGGAGACGCGAAAGCUGCAUACCACGUGCGAGAUAAAAACGGCCACCUGACUAAGGAAGCAGCGGGUCCCGGUGAGGACAGGAACCUCAUCUCCGUUCAGCUACGCCUGCCCAGGGAGAAGUCCCAGAGUGGUGGUGCUGGGACAGAGGGAGGAGCCACAGGUCAAGAGCCAUCCCUCAUCAGGGCCAUGGCGUUGGCGUUUGGGCCACGGUAUCUCGUGGGCUCUGUCUACAAGCUCCUGCAGGACAUUCUGUCGUUCGCAAGUCCCUUAUUGCUCAGUCACCUGAUCCGGUUUGUCGGGGACAAUUCGCGCCCCACAUGGCAUGGCUAUGCUUUGGCGGGGCUGAUGUUCCUGUGUGCCAUCGCCACGUCCAUGCUGGCGCAUCAGCACUUCCACGCGGGAUUCGUGACGGGCAUUCGGCUCCGCAGCGCACUCACCGGCUUGCUUUACCGCAAGGCUCUAAUGAUAACACAGGCCGCGCGAUUGUCGUGUGCUGGCGGGGAGCUGACGACCCUAAUGUCUGUCGAUGUUCAGCACAUGGCCGACAUCACCAACAACCUCAAUUUUGUGUGGUCUGCCCCUCUGCACAUCUGCCUGGCUAUGUACUUCCUCUGGCAGCAUCUAGGACCAUCAGUGCUGGCGGGGGUGGCCGUGAUGCUGCUGCUGAUACCUUUCAAUGCUUUCAUCGCGCUCAACAUCCGGACUCUGCAGGCUCAGAUUAUCAAGAAGCGCGACGAGCGCGUGCGCACCCUGAGCGAGGCCCUGUCGGGCGUGCGCAUCAUCAAGAUGUACGCGUGGGAGGGGCGAUUCCGUGACGUCAUCCUGCGAGUGCGCGAGCACGAGCUCGCCGUGCUCGGGCGCGCUGCUUACUUCUCCAUGCUCUCCGCGUUCACCUGGCUCUGCUCUCCCUUUUUGGUGGCGCUGGCAUCGUUCGGCGUGUACGUGUUGGUGGACGAACACCACGUGCUGGACGCAGAGAGGGCGUUCGUGUCCCUGGCGCUCUUUAACCUUCUGCGAUACCCCCUCAAUCAGCUGCCUCAGCUCAUGAGCGAACUCGCCAUGGCGAGUGUGUCCUUACGUCGCCUGAGGAAUUUCCUCAGUCUGGAGGAGCUGGAUCCGCAUGCCGUGGAUCGCUCACCCUCCCAUCUCCGUGAGAGCUGUGUGUCCAUCGAAGGAGGGACCUUCACGUGGAGCUGGGACGAGCCGCCCAUCCUCCAUGACAUCUCCCUGGCUGUGCCACGCGGCUGCCUCCUCGCUGUGGUCGGAACCGUGGGCAGCGGGAAGUCCUCGCUCAUGGCUGCACUUCUCGGGGAGCUGAACAAGUUGGGUGGCUCAGUGGCAGUGAAGGGCCAGGUGGCGUACGUGGCCCAACAGGCGUGGAUCCAGAAUGCCUCGCUGCGGGACAACGUGCUAUUUGGGCGGCCGCUGGACGAGACGUGGUAUCGCGAGGUGCUGCAGGCCUGCGCCUUGGAGCAGGACCUACUCGCCCUGCCGGCCGGAGACAACACAGAGAUCGGGGAGAAGGGCAUCAACCUGUCUGGGGGCCAGCGCCAGCGCGUGUCUCUGGCUCGUGCCAUCUACAGCAAGGCGUCCGUCUUCCUGCUGGACGACCCUCUGUCGGCAGUGGAUGCACACGUGGGGAAGCACAUCUUCGAGCGCGUCAUCGGGCCCUCGGGGCUGCUGGCAGGCCAGACGCGGGUGCUGGUGACUCACGGCCUGAGCUUCCUGCCCCACGUUGACCGCAUCGUGGUCCUAAGAGCGGGCCGCGUCUCCGAGAGCGGCUCGUACUCGGAGCUCAUGCUCAGCGGCGAGGCCUUCUCGGAGCUGCUGAGGAUCCAUGGACAGGGAGACGGCGCGGGAGAGGACUCCCCGGCCAGUCAGGAUGACGGGCCUCACGUCAUCAUUGACCUGCGAUCCCCGGGGCCGGAUGAGGUGCUCAGCACGUGUUCGAACAUCGCCGACAUGGAGCCGGUGAUGACAGAACCUCGGAGGAUGCUCAUGAGGCAGAUCAGCAAGCAAUCGAUGAGCGAGGGCGAUGGAGGAAAGCGUCUGUCCAUGCACCACAUCUCGCUGAGGCAGUUGGGGUCGCAAGAAGCAAGUGGCUCUGGUACAACCCAGGGUGUGAGCACGGAGACGCGGGGACACAAAGAGACGCUGCCCGGAAGCACACUCAUGCAGCCCGAGAGCAUGGAGACGGGACAUAUGAAGCUCUCCGUGGUGCUUCACUACUUGCGUGCGGUCGGCGCGCCGUUAUCCACGCUCGCGCUGCUCCUCUUCUGCGCCAACUACACCACCAUGCUGGGCACAAACGUGUGGCUGAGCGAGUGGGCGGGCGAGCCCGUUGUCAACGGCACGCAGCGCAACACGGGCUACCGCCUCGGCGUCUACUCCGCGCUGGGCGCCGUGCAGAGUGUGCUGUCCCUGGUGAUGGUACUGAUGGUCUUCAAAGGGUGUCUUCGGGCCGCCGGCUCCCUGCACCUUGCACUGCUCGAUAACAAACUGCACUCGCCAAUCUCCUUCUACGAUGUCACGCCUCUGGGACGAAUCAUCAACCGCUUCUCUAAGGACGUGUUCAUGAUAGACGAGGUGCUGCCGCCCACAUUCCUCAUGUUCCUGGGAGCCCUGUGCAACUCAAUAUUCACGAUCCUCAUCAUCGUCAUCAGCACCCCGGUCUUCGUGGUCGCUGCCAUUCCCCUCGUCGUCAUCUACUUCUUCGUGCAGAGGUUCUACGUGGCGACGUCGAGGCAGCUGAAGCGGCUGGAGUCGACGGUGCGCUCGCCCGUCUUCUCGCACUUCGGCGAGAGCGUGGCGGGAGCGGCGACGCUGCGCGCUUUCCGCCAGGAGGAACGCUUCGUCAUCGCGGGAGACCGCGCUGUCGACGCCCUGCAGCACACAUCCUACCCCAGCAUCGUCAGCCAGAGGUGGCUGGCCGUGUGGCUAGAGUUCCUGGGCGCCUGUGUGGUGCUGUUCGCCGCUAUGUUUGCUGUGCUGAGCCGCGACUCCCUGAAGGCGGGGACCGUGGGCCUCUCCGUUUCUUAUGCCAUGCAGGUGACGGUGGUGAUGAGCUGGAUGGUCCGGAUGUCAUCAGAGGUGGAGUCAAAUAUCGUGGCUGUGGAGAGAGUCAAGGAGUACUCCGAGACUCCGCCUGAGGCGGAUUGGGAGGUGGAGUCGUGCCGACCGCCCGCGGACUGGCCAUCACAGGGCCAUGUGGAGUUCCGUGACUACAGCACACGCUACCGCGAGGGACUCGAUUUGGUUCUACGCAACAUCAGCUGUGACAUCAAGGGUGGAGAAAAGGUGGGCAUCGUGGGCCGCACGGGCGCGGGGAAAUCGUCGUUGACGCUCUGCCUCCUGCGCAUGGUCGAGGCGGCCAGCGGAGCCAUCGCGAUCGACGGGGUGGACAUUUCGCGCAUCGGCCUUCAUGAUCUGCGGUCGCGCAUCACCAUCAUCCCGCAGGAUCCCGUGCUGUUCGGGGGCUCCCUGCGAGACAACCUCGACCCGUUUGGCCACCACUCGGACGCCGAGGUGUGGGAGGCCCUGGAGUUUGCGCACCUGGGCGAGACGGCGCGCGCCCUGCCCGGGGGAAUCCAGCACGAGUGUGCCGAGGGCGGCGAGAACUUCAGCGUCGGGCAGAGGCAGCUGGCGUGCCUGGCGCGGGCUCUACUGCGCCGCACGCGCGUGCUCGUGCUGGACGAGGCAACGGCCGCCGUGGACGUGGAGACGGACGCGCUCAUCCAGGGGACGAUCCGCACGCACUUCCACGCCUGCACUGUGCUCACUAUUGCGCAUCGCCUGCACACCGUGCUCGACUGCACACGGGUGAUGGUGCUCAGCAGUGGCCAAAUCGUGGAGUUCGACUCGCCCGACGUUCUCCUCUCUCGCAAGGACAGCGCGUUCCACAAAAUGGCACGGGAUGCGGGGAUUGUGUAAUGCACGUGCCUUAGGUGACUUACUUAAAGUGAGCAAAUUUCACCUAAAUACCUCAUCGCAUGAGAGGCACAACCGAGGUCAACAUUGCAAAAGAGGCGAUGUUUUUUUUAAUGUGUCUCAAUGGGUUUAUUUCAUACCCUGGUUGAAUGAAGGAUACAGGCAGAACCCAGGAUUUUGGAGUCUGGGUUUUACUGGCCUUGUCCAUAAGCACACCGUGCAUAUGGUGCCACUAGGGUUGCCACAAUCUGCUGAUGCUACAAGAUAUAUCGUAUGAUAUAAGGUCCAUGAUAAUCAUAUCGUCCAUUUUGCAAAAUACCGUUGGGUGCUGGCUGCUCAUUGAGCCAGCACCACGAAGACUCUGGGCUGGAACCUUGUUUUAUAUUUCCUCUGUGAUAAAAUAAAAAAAACUUCGUAACGUGUUGAUGGCCUCGACAUAGUCAGCAACGACUCUCACAAAAAUAAUCCCCAACAGACUGUCUGGAUUUUCACCAAAUUGCUGGCACCAACUGCUAACGAUGUGUUUGCAUUGCUAUGGGAUGGAUACUCUGCAGGAAAUGUUAAACGGUUUCCCAUCUCUUGUGGUAACAUGCCGACUAAAGUGACGUCGAAUUGCUUAACCCUCAUGUCAUGGUUGUAAUGUGGCGUUUGACUCGCCCGAAGCUCUGCAGUGGAAAAAGCAACCUGUCACCUGAGCCGCGCAGGGCUGGCUUAUUUUGUCAGUGGAAUAGGGAUAUAAAGGGCAUGACUAUUAUAUUUAUGACACUGAUUGUACCGUUUGAAUUUAAAAAUAGACAUUGUUUAGGCGAUUUAUUCAUGUACUGCUUGAUGAAAGCCUCCCCAUGCCAUAUCGAACAUGUGUGUUAUUUCAUCAUACUUCCUAAUUUGUCACCAGUGUGGGUUGAUGAAGGGGGCCACCAGAACCGGCUCGGAUAUCACGAAAAUGGGAAUAUGGUUGUGCAAAACAUCCAUCAUUCUGCGUUAUUAUAGUGCGUUGUUUUUGAAAGGUAAUAUUAUACUUCCAUUGAGGGCAUUUAACUCGAUCGAGCAUUGCUUGACAUUGUGGGAGAGCUCUAGCCAGGCCCUCUGCACCUUUUGGCAUUUCUGUUGAAUGGCAAUCAAACAUUGUCACAUGUUUACCGACAGAAGCGAUGUGCUCACAGUCAUCUAUUGUAAAUUGAACACAUUUCUUUCAGGUCAUACAGCUGUGAAAUAUAUCACUCUCCUUAAGUCCACGUCAGAAUGCAAUCAGUUGCCACACUAAUCGAUUAGCGUGGAUUCUAUUGGCGGUGCAAUUGUUUGCAUCAACAAAUGCAAAGAAUUGUACUGAGCACCUAAAAUGCCUAUUUAAGUGCACUGCCAUUACGAACACGUGUGUUGAAUUUGUGUUGACGAACUCAAACUGAAUGAAUCACUCUUUACGGCUGUGAAGCACGCCAAUUGUUGUCUAUUCGACUGCCUUUUGGCAACAGGCUGCUUGCACACGAACGCAGAAAUAAAGGAAGAGGAGUCGGGCAAGGACAUACGCACUCACAAACGCUGUUAACAGUAACAUUAAAAUAUAUUUUUCAAAAACUGGGUUGAAAAACAAAAUCAAUAUUGCCCAUCACAAAUUAGCUGAUGAGUUAGUCAUAGUAACAACCUUUAGGCUGCAUCUAUAUGUAAACACUGGUAGAGAAUUUGAAAUUGUAUUUUUUUGUAUGGGGAAUUAGAAGUGCAUUAUCAGACAUUGACAGGGCCAUAAUUGUACAGUUCUGGGGUAACUGACAUGUGUAGCAGUGCGUUCGAGGCAUCGUCGCAGAUGUUAAGUAUUAAACAAUCGGCAUCUUCUGUGUACUUAUCCAAAGUUACGCUGUAGCCCAGGGGAUAAGUCAUGACGUGGCUCAGUUUAAAGAGUGAGCGAUGCAUAUUUUAACCACUGCUUCAGAUUUGUGACAUUAAAACCACGUAUGGAUGAAUAACAAUGCUACGUACUUGAUAUAGAUACAUGGAUUUUACCCCUUAUCUGCAGUGAUAUUUUGGGGGGAUGUGUAUAGUGUUUGAAAUUUACAAGCGGAUAGAAAAUCAGGUCUUGAGAUGUGGGUGUGGUAUCGAUUAGAGAAAGAAAUUCAAUUCUAUAGAGAGAAUGAGUACGUUUUAUGGCAGGUCGAGGAGAGAAGUCUUAUCAGAACAAUCCAUAAAAAGCCAAAAGAUAUGGAUUGGGCAGAUUCUAAGGAGUGAAAGCUUGAUAAAGGAAGACGCAGAAAAAUAAACCUGUUUUGAUGAUGGCUUCCAUUUCCACGCAAAAGGCAAUGGGCAGUAAGUUUGUAACAAAAUAAAAUUCGAGGGAAACUGCUGAGAAAUACAGCUAUAUAUGUAUAUACGUAGCUUAGGUUAAACAAAAAAGUGGAUAUACUGAAUAUUGCAAAAUAAAUAGGCAAAAGAAUAACAGCAUUAGAGCCGUCAGCAAUAAUUUGAACAAUUAUAAUUGAGCAAUUAUAAUUGCUCAAAUUGUCUAACCAAUAAUUGCUCAAAUUAUCUAGCCAAUAAUUAUUGGUCAGAAUAACUAAGUAAUCGGAAAAGGAAAUUUGCUAAAUUUUUACGAAAAAUUGUCACGAGGCUUAAGACAUGCAUUUAGCACAAUGUAUUACUAAUUUGUGUUAUUACCAUGAAGUGUUUUCCACUAUUGCGUAUGAUUGUGUUCUCUUGAAUAAUACGUACAUACAUUUUAAACCUUGCAAAACCGAGAAAAAAAAUCUUACAGUAUAUAACAAUUUGUUCACAUUUAACUCCUUCACAUUUAUUGAAUUUAACUCUGGCGCAUAUUAUUCACUUAACAGCAAACUCAUGCACAAACAAAGGAAACUUACUCCACUCCUCAACUUGUGUAGCCACUCUCCUUCGUAAUGCCAUCAUACGAGAUGUAAAGAGCGGGGGUUAAUGACGUAAUCGCACCAUCAGCCUAUUUCCCGUCAUGAUAGGCAUGGCGCUUCUAGACGUAGGAACUGAUCGUACAAUUCAACCAAAAGAUAAAAAUACUUAUCAAUUAUAUGUUUUGGUAAAUGUUAUCGAUUAAUGAUGACAGCUCUUCACAAUAUGGAGUGUUUUUUUGUUCAUGUAAACAUAAUUUGAUUAUGAUAAGCAGCAUUGGGCACAAAAUGUAAAGUUUUCAGACUGUGUUGCCAGCUACAAAGUAUGGAUCACAAAAUUGAAAGAAAAUUCGGAGGAAAGUUUAAAAGUGUGCAAAGAAGCAAAUGGAGAUAGAUGCACGCUUGGAAUUAUUCUGUGAAAAAGGAACACAUGGAUCAGGGCACGAGCACAAAUCCGAGACGUAUUGUGUUUUUUAACAAAGUAGGCUUUGGCAGAGCUCUGCUGGAAGGGAUGAUGACCAAUGAACAAGAUUUGUGAUGGAAUCGUAGCUCAAGGAGAAAACAGUGGCUGAGAGGAUGACCAUCGCAGAGAUAUAGCAAUGAGAUCAGUUCGUGUGCAGGAGUGAGAUGGAUUGUGGGAUCACGGGAUCAUGAGGGAUUGUGAUGGUGUGGAGGUCUCAAUUUAGCAUUGGAUAGAACUUGGCUGAUUAUAUUGGAUAACUUAACUUGUAGAAAACUACUCUUUCCAAACCAGUAAAUUAUCGUUUUUUGAUAAAGGAAACCUAUUGAAAUGAGUGUGGUAUAAUUUGUAUGGGCUGUUCCCAAACAGGAUGCCAUUGUUUUAUAUUAAGAAAAUAUUUAUUUAGAAUGUAUCAACAUUAUGCUGAACACAAAGUCAUGGGAAACGGAAGGUCUAGGUCACAAAUUAGAUUCACAAUGACUCAACAUAAUUUAUGUUGGACAAUAUUAAUAACCAAAGCACGUCAGUUGAUAUAAACUGCACGUGAAAGAACGCAUCAUAUCUAUUGGAGUCCGAGCACAAAUUGAAAUUAAUUAAAAAGGAAUUCAUUUUAACGGCUGCCCUUUCAUAUCUACUACAUUCGUUACACGAUUAAAAACAUGGAUUUCCCUACAAAUAAAAGCACACCGUUAAACUUGCGCAAGAUGAAAUGAAAAAUAGGCUUUACGGUGUUUAUUUUAAUUUAGGAGACCAUAUAAAUGUCAUUAAUGCUACAAAUAGCACACCAGAGAAAGUACAAAUCUGUUAUGAACACUCAUGAACAACCUCUGUUUAUUAUUCCAGCGAUUUGGCUGCUGAAACCUGAAUCGUUGGUCAGACCCACAAAUAAUGUUUACAAUCUCUGGCAGCAGUGGAUACAUUAGUGUAUCAUGUUUAAGCUGGGGCGAGCGGUGCACGCUUGUGGAUCCACGUAGUUGUGAAAUUCCCCAAAUCCAUUAGUUAUAUGGGGUGGCCAGGAUAUAACAGAACAGCAAGUGGAUUCAUGAACAUCUCUGUGAGGCCCUUUGUGUCAUAUAACCUCUUUUGUGUGUGUGGCUUUUUCCUCGCAUGCACAAAACUCUCCUUAAAAAAUGGAAUUGUCCAAACAUUCCAAUGCUGGAUCCUCCUGCCAUGACCAUUCCACUGAUGGAUGUGCCCAGCUUUUGACUUUGAAAAUACAUAAAAGUGGAAAUUGACGCAGUCAUUCAAGCUGGCACAAACCAAUAAACAUUUAUUUACUGAAUGUAUGAACGACAUUAUUUAUAUUAAUGGUCAUACGUCUGUAACUUUGUAAAUCCAGUCAAAUAUGUGCCAUUACAAAGCUUCGAAAUGUCUCCCGUAUUUUGUUACGGUUAUAAUUUUAAGUAAAACUUUUCCACAUCGGGA